GGGUUUGGCCGCGAGUAACCCCGGACGCACGAGCUGCCCGCGCGACCUUUCUCCAGCGUUAGUGGUGCCGCGGCGCCCCCUCCCCGGCGGUCGCAGGAGAGCGGCAAGAUGGCGGCACUGAGCAAGUCUAUCCCCCACAACUGCUAUGAGCUCGGGCACACCUGGCACCCGCACUGCGGCCAGGCCUUCCUGCACAUCACCCACGGGGCGCUGGCCGAGUCCCUGCGCAUCUACGGCACCCUCUACCUGAUUGCAGCAGUUCUCAGGAAACGGAAACUUGACUAUUAUCUGCACAAACUGCUACCUGAGAUUUUGCAGUCAACUUCCUUUCUGACUGCGAAUGGGAGCUUGUAUAUUGCUUUUUUUUGCAUUUUAAGGAGGAUACUUGGAAAAUUCUACUUUUGGACUCCGGGCUUCGGAGCUGCUUUACCAGCUUCCUAUGUGGCCAUUCUCAUUGAAAGGAAAAGCAGUUGGUUCUGUUUCUCGGUCUUGGUGAAAAACUUGCACAAAGGGAUGUCUUGCUCUGUGUUUCAAAAGUGGCAAGGCUCUAUCAGUCUCACCGUGGCAGCAGCAAAUUCCACAGCCCAGGGCCACCCUGUGAAUACAUCCUGCCUCA